AUUAUCAGAAAUAAUGUUUGUUGAAACUUUAGUUAUCCCUACAAUAAUACUCGUUAUUGUGAUGAUAUUCAUAUUAUUGGUACAUCCAAAACAAAGGCAUGAGAAAAAUGCACCAGGUCCGAAGGGUUUGCCAUUUAUUGGUAACCUCCACAUGCUAGGAAAACUCCCACAUCGCAGCCUUCAAUCCCUUGCCACAAAAUAUGGACCUAUAAUGUCCUUAAAGCUAGGUCAGGUUCCAGCCAUAGUGGUUUCUUCCCCUGAAACCGCUGAGCUAUUCCUCAAAACCCAUGACAUUGCUUUUGCCAGCAGACCUAAAAUUCAAUUGUCGGAGUAUCUUUCUCAUGGCAGCAAGGGCAUGUCGUUUUCUGAGUACAGUGCUUACUGGCGCAACGCGAGGAAAGUGUGCACUCUACAGCUUCUGAGUGCGUCAAAAAUUGAAAUGUUUGCUCCUUUAAGGAGAGAGGAGUUGGGAGCGUUGGUGAAGUCGCUGAAAAAUUCAGCGGCAUCACGUGAGGUUGUGGAUCUGAGUGAGUUGUUGGGGGAGCUCAUGGAGAACAUCGUGUGUAAGAUGGUGUUGGGGCGUGCCAUUGAUCAUAGGUUCGAUUUGAAAGGGCUUAUUUAUGAGGUCAUGAACUUGGCUGGUGCUUUCAAUCUUGCAGAUUACAUGCCUUGGCUCAGCGUCUUUGAUCCUCAGAUAUUUGAAUGGAAGAAAAAACUAGCCAACCACACUAUCUAUAUGAUGGUUAACCAAAUAUGAUCCUAAGUUUAUUUAUUUAUUUACGGUAAAAGUUGAAUAACAAUAGAAAAUAAAUAAAAUGAGUUAAUUUAAGUCGAGCUAAUCAGUCUGUCCGGAUUAUAAAAUCAUUGAUCCAUAAUAAGAAUAGGUGUUUUAAAAACUGAAUCACAUCGAAUCAAAAAUUGGUAGUUUGGUUAGUUCAUCAAUUGGACUCGUUAUAAAAAUUAACUUGUUUCAAUG